AUGGUGGCAUAUGCAGGCAACUUGUUAGUAGUUGAUUCAGAUGAAUCCAGGACAGCUUUGGAGGAGGGUGCAGGUGCAGGAUACAAGUACGUGGCAACAGAAUUUGACAAGAAACUUGAAGAACUAUCAGAAAGAGAGACUGGUCUGAGUGAUGUUGAAAUUACUAUCCUCCUCCGUGUUUUAACAAAAGCCACACUUUCUAUAAAGCGUUUCCAGAAACUUCUGCAUUGUGUUGUGCCAGAGACAAUUGUGCAGAAAGAACACAUACAAACUGUUGUCAUCUUGAUGCUUGUGAGACACGUGUAUGAACCACCUGAAAAGAGUAUUGCUGUCCUCCAGUGGCUCAUUGCUUUGCUGGAGAAUGAGCUCGCAGACAGACAAGCGAUUGACAGCUUUUAUCAUCAAAUUUAUUUUCUAUUAUUUGUUGAAAGUCUGGCACGGUGGGCUUCUAAAAUUGUAUAUAUGUUGACUACACCAGAUGACGUUAAAAGAGCGAGGGUUGUAACAUUAUUUCGCUGCAACCUCAAACAGUCAGGAGCACAUCACAUCGAAGCAUUACUGGGCUUAUUUAAGUCUCUUCGUCCAGAACUUGUACCAGAAGAUGUUUCAACUGUAAAUACACAUACAGCCUUUGGAAGAAUACCUGCUACGCUGUCAGAGGCUGUAAAUAAGAGCAGGUGUUGCAGACCCAAGGCAAGAAGUUAAUCAUCAAACAGAUGCAGAACAUGUCACACUGUGCUCCUGCAUGAUCUGCUACUGCCAAUUUCACCAUCUUGCCAAGGUGACAGUUGCUCAGGUGUUUAUGUGCUGUACUGGAUUUUCCUUAAAGAGGAUGGAAAGAUGUAGAACAAGAGCCACUUACAACUUGCUUUUAGCCACAAUUACCUUCAGUGAUUUCCUUUUAAAGGCAGUAGUUAUUGUUUUAAAUUAUAAAGUAAUGCACUAAUUAAGUUUUUUUGUGUGUAGUAUAAACUCGUUUCACGGCUUUUUUCUCAUUUUUAAGUACCUUGGGAGUUUACGUAGAUACUGAAUGUGAUGUCU